CAGAAAAACAUUGAAGAAGCAGAAAGAAUUCGCUCUUUCCUGAAUUUCCUGGAUAGUUUCUGUGGAACGGCAAAAAUGGACUUCCUGGACAUAAAGGAAGAACUUAAAUUAUCCAGCUCAAUCUGUCGCCUCUGUCUAGUCCAGAAUUCAACGUACUACAGCAUCUUUGAGGCAGAUCACGAUUGUCCGGAAAUAGCUGAUACCCUGAGGAAUCUCAUUGGGAUUACCAUCUCCCCACUCGAUAAUUGGCCUAAAUGUGUCUGUACGGCGUGUGUGGAAAAAAUCCAGGACUUCCGCCUACUGCUGGCUAAGAUAAAAGACAACGAAGCCCGUUUAGUGGAAUUCUUUGGUGAAUAUCAACUUCUUGAUGUCCCAAAAGACACUCCCCCUGACCACAGAAGUUUUCCGGAAGAUGUGAAGAUUGAAGCACAGGAAUGCCCGGAGAGUGAUGCUGGAAGUGAAUGUGCUUCAUUGGCGAGUAUAAAGGAGGAGGAGGAAGAAGCCAGUUUGCCGAAGAAGUCUGAAAAGCCCAAAAGACGCUCAAGGAGGAAGAAACCAACAAAAACGAGAGGACGAAAACGCAGAGCAUCAACGGAGUCAGACGAAGAGGAGGAGAGUUCUGAAGAUCAACUCAUUGACGUUUCAAUGACAAUCGGGGAUUUUGAAGUUCUUACGCAGGAACGGAAAGAGGAGAAACGUCUUCGAGAUGAGAAGAUUGAUGCAGAGAUUCAUUCCUUCUUCAAGAUGGAAUGUAAUCUGUGUCAGUUGAAAUUCCCGCGCUUUGCCGACGUACAGAGUCACUUCCGGGCUGAGCACAAAUGCCGCGGAUACGUCAUAUGCUGCGGCAAGAAGCUUAAUCGUCCAAUGAAGCUCUAUGAGCAUAUGAAUGAUCAUGUUAACCCAACGACGCAUACGUGUUCCGUGUGCCUGAAGAACUACAAGACGCAGUAUGGGCUGCAGGUGCACAAGAAGCUGCGGCAUACGCCACCGGAAGAGCGUGAAUUCCGCUGUGAUCAGUGCACACAGAGUUUCGUCCAAAUGUCCCGCCUAAAAGCCCACAUGAUAACGCAUAUGCCGGCAGAGGAGAAGAAGCACGUAUGCAGCACAUGCGGCAGAGCAUUUGCCCUUGCAUCAAUUCUCGUGCAGCAUGUGCGUCGUGUGCAUGAAAAUUCAUGUGUAUCAGUGUGUGAGGUUUGUGCUAAGAUUUUCCGGUGUAAGAAUCUCUUCAAGCAGCAUGUGGCUGAGCAUACGAGUCAAAAUGAACCGCGUGUCCCGUGUACGGUGUGUGGGAAGAUGUUUAAGCAUCGUAUUGCCAUGAGGAAGCAUAUGCAGCGACACAAUACAUCGGGUCCACUUGAGUGUCCCAUUUGUCAGCGAAUGGCCCCCAAUAAACCCGCCCUGACGGAGCAUAUAAAGUACAAGCAUAAAGCACAGAGGGUGCACAAAUGCACCCUCUGUGAGAGAUCCUUCAAAACUGCAUUGUCGCUGAAGGAGCAUAUGGCCUCCCACACGGGACAGGUACUCUAUCAAUGCCUCUUCUGCCCCAAACAGUUCAACAGCAAUGCCAACUACUUUCGCCAUCACAAAAUGUCGCAUCCACUUGAGUGGGAGGCGGAGAAAGAGAAGAAACGCGCUGAACGUGCUGGAGUAGAAAAUUCAGGGAUAAUUUAUCUUAAAAUUGAAGACACUGCCAAGGAAUAUCCUGACCAACGGCUUUCUUCAACUUCCGGGAGGCAGAUUUGUCGAUUUUGCCAGGAAAAUUGUGAUGAGUUCAUUGAUUUAUUUGAAGAUAAAAAUGGGACGGAAGUUAUGUUAUUUUUGAGUAGAAUUUGCGAUUUAACGAUUGAUUUCAUUGAAUCCUGGCCACGAAGUGCUUGCUUGGUGUGUGUGGAGAAGAUUUCCAGUUUCCGGGAGUUCUGUGAGACAAUCCGAGAGAAUGAAAAUACCCUCAGAAGGAGCUUUGACAAUGCAGAUGAAGUUGAUGAUGUCAAAGAGGAGGAAGAAGCUUUGCUUGAGGAACUUCCGGUGGAUUUAAAAGCUGAACAGAAACCUCCAGAUGGGGAUAAAGAGGAAGAGGAGGAAGAGCUACAGGAGCGUCACGAUGAUCAAUUGAUCAGUGAAUUCUUCCCACUUAGCUGUGAUUUGUGCCAGGAGACCUUCCGGCGUGUUAGUGAGCUUCGGCUGCACUUCCGGCGUCAGCACAACCGUCGGUGGUACAUUGUGUGCUGUCAGGUGAAGCAUCGGCAGAAGGGAGGCAUAAUGGAGCACCUCAUGUACCACACGAAUCCCAAUAAAUUCAAAUGCCCCCACUGUCGGAGGCAGUUUAUGACCCAAAGUGCCCUCACGAAUCACAUUGAGAAUCGCCACAAUCCCGCAAAGCGCAUCCUCGAAUGCUUUUUCUGCCACAAAAUCUUCGCCAUCAAAGCCAUCCUCAAGUUUCACAUCCGGAAGCAGCAUAUGCAGCGUCCGGGUACAGCCAAGAGCAAAGUAGCAUCUGCACCGCGGAAGGAAGACAAGCCAAUGCGAUGCAUGUGUGAGGUUUGUGGGCAAAUCUUUGAUCAAACAAAGAGCCUUCAGCGUCACGCCAAGAGGCAUGCUCCUGCCCAAACAGUGGAGCAACUACAGGAAGGCUCCAUGAUGCAGCCUAUGCUGCGACGCUUCAAGUGCACCCAGUGCGGAUGUUCGUACAAAAAGAGGCAGACACUGAAGGCGCACGAGAAGAAGCACAAUGCCUACGGGACGUACCGCUGUGAGCACUGCGGGAAGGUCUCACCCACGCCCACAGCCCUUUACAAGCACAUCAAGGACUCCCACAUCCUCCAGCGAGACUUUGUCUGCCACAUUUGCCACAAAGGCUUCAAAAGGAAAAUCGUUCUCAAGGAGCAUGUUGCCAUUCACACGGGCGAAUAUCUCUACUCGUGCGACUUCUGCCCAAAACAAUUCCGCGCUGGGGCCAAUAAGAGCCUCCACAUGCGUCGGGAACAUCCUGAACUCCGUGCCACGGCCAGUCGUGUCCCAAAGGAGGCUCAGUAGUGGCCCGGAAAAGGGGGGGAGGAUGACACAGCCGCCGGGAGGCUACUUAUCGCCAAGAGAGGGAGAUGCGAGAGAGCUAAAUGCGAGAGAGAAUCUCAAAGCAAUGACGUCGACGACGCUCUCAGUCAAAGGUCAACUGAUUCUUACUUGCGAUACCAUCGAAUCUCACACAGUCGGGGCUGUUUUGUGGGUUCUGCAGUCGCAUUCCAGCAUCAAUCUCAGUGCCUUCUCCCAAAAGGAAUAAAAUUUCAAUCAAAGCCAAAA